CCUUCAGCGGCGCAAACCGCGAAACUCGCGCAUGCCUUAUAUUCAAAUACUAAAUACUACUCUCAAAACAUUGCAACAACAAAUCCGUAUCAACAAUUUUAGAUAAUAAAUAAACUUUCACUUACAACACAUAACAAAUUAAAAAAAUAACCUUGUGUUUGAUGAACUAGUAACCGUGAAGUAGUUGGUUGUGCUGUACAGUCUGUUUGGUUUUAGUUUGUAAUAUUUUUUUCUGGUGUGGGUUUCUCCCAGUUUCCCGGAUUCUCGUUCUCGUGGGUCAGUUCACUGGGAAUUUUCGAGUGAUAAAGAGCCAAGUGUGCGACAUGACAAGUGUCGGAGAUAUUUUGGAUUAUAAAAAACGCGAAGAUGAAGAUUAUUACUCCAUUUUGGGGUGUAAAGAGGAUUCGACGGUUGAACAAAUAAACACCGAGUAUAAAAUUCGAGCACUCCAAUUUCAUCCAGAUAAAAAUGAAGGAAAUAAAGAAGCUUUAGAAAAAUUUCAACUUUUAAAAGAAGCAAAAGAAGUUUUGUGCGACCCUCAAAAAAGAUCAAAUUACGACAAAUGGAGAAGUAGCGGUAUAGCGAUCAGUUAUAAGCAGUGGUUGGGCAUGAAGGAGCAUGUUCAUCAGUCGAUGCACUGGAGCAGUCCAAAAACCAAAGACCGCAUGUUGGAAUCUGGAGGAAAUUCGGGUCCGUCAAGCUUAGGUGCAGCUACCACUUCGCCAGCUCAUCGACGAGCUUCCGAAGGAGGUGCAAACCUUCACUGGGGAGGCCGCGGUACCGGAUCAGCAUGGGGUGCAGAUCCACCGAGCUCGGUCGUCAAUAAAUUCCGCAAUUAUGAGAUAUAA